CCCGCGGUGUGGGCGUGGCCCGGAGACCGUUCACCUACACGCUGAGAGAGGUGGGAGCUGACAAGCAGAGAGGACGUCAUGGGGAAGACAGGUGGAAGAGGCGACUUUGAAUGGGUUUACAACGACCAGCCGCACACGUCCAGGAGAAAAGAAAUACUCGCCAAGUACCCAGAGAUCAAGUCCCUGAUGGGUCCUGAUCCCCAGCUGAAGUGGGUGGUGUCAGGCAUGGUCCUGUCCCAGCUCCUGGCCUGCUACCUGGUCCGCAAUCUCCCCUGGAAGUGGAUUUUGUUCUGGGCCUACACCUUGGGCGGCUGCAUCAACCACUCCCUGACGCUGGCCAUCCACGACAUCUCCCACAACGUGGCCUUCGGCAACAAGCUGGCCAAGUGGAACCGUUGGUUCGCCAUGUGGGCCAACCUGCCCAUCGGUGUGCCGUACUCGGCCUCCUUCAAAAAGUACCACAUCGACCACCACCGCUACCUCGGAGGAGACAAGCUGGAUGUGGACAUUCCUACGGAAUUUGAGGGAUGGUUCUUCUGCACGCCCACCAGGAAGCUCAUCUGGCUCUUCUUGCAGCCUUUAUUUUACACCCUGCGGCCCCUGCUGGUCAACCCUAAGCCAGUGUGUCUGCUGGAGGUCCAGAAUGUUGCUGUUCAGCUGGCCGUGGACAUCGUUAUAUACUACCUGUGGGGGAUCAAGCCCAUUGUUUACCUCAUUGCGGGAUCUAUCUUAUGUAUGGGACUGCACCCCAUCUCUGGACAUUUCAUAGCUGAGCACUACAUGUUUCUGAAGGGACACGAAACAUACUCCUACUACGGGCCGCUCAACUUCAUCACCUUCAAUGUCGGCUAUCACAUGGAGCACCACGAUUUUCCUAGCAUACCUGGCAGCAAACUACCUCAGGUGAAGCAGAUUGCAGCCGAAUAUUACGACUGUUUGCCCCAACACACGUCCUGGAUCCGGGUCUUGUGGGACUUUGUGUUCGACGACAGCAUCGGUCCGUACGCCCGGGUCAAGCGGGACUACACUCUGGGCAGGCAGGAGUAGACUGAGCCUGGAAAACCGCUGCAGGAAUGUGAUUUUUUUUUUUUUUACCGUGGUUUGCACGCUAUUGUCCUUUUUUUUUUGAUAAUCAACGGCAACAUUUCAUCCCUUCUGAGCGCAGAUGAUCGCUUCCUGUCCUGCAAAUCCAGAUGACAAAUAUUAGUCCGGUCUUUUACAUUUUCAUCCAUUCCGUUCAACAAUGUGUUCAAAGACGGCCUAAAAAUGCACUGUUUUGUCUCAGUGUUCUUUUUUAUGUUUGUUUACGGUCACCAUGGGAACCAUGUUUCUUCCUUUGCUCUGUUAGUUGUUUGUCCUCCAUCAAGAUAAGCUUGUGACAACUUUGAAUGCAAAAAGAAGCGGAGAUCACAAGAGUCCCUGAAACGUUUCAUAUGAAGGCCAAAUGGGAUUGAAUGAAACCUUUGGGCUUGACGUAACGCGACUGCAGGGCACUCACUAUUGACCUUUCAUCCACUUUGCUCAUAUUUAAAUGUACAAAUAAUAAAUAUCUUUACAAUACCAUCAAA